AUGCAGACUGCUUCUACAAACAUUGGUGAAAGAAUGGGCAAUAAGUCCAUCUGUGACAUUUCCUGGCUACUAAAUAUUCCACGCUCAACUGUUAGUGGGAUUAUAACAAAGUGGAAGCAACUGGGAACAACAGCCACUCAGCCACCAAGUGGUAGGCCACAUCACAUGACAGGGCGGGGUCAGCGCAUGCUGAAGCACACAGUGCGCAGAAGUCACCAACUGUCUGCAGAGUCAAUAGCUAAAGACCUCCAAACUUGGUGUGGCCUUCAGAUGAGCCCAACAACAGUGCGUAGAGAGCUUCAUGGAAUGGGUUUCCAUGGCCGAGCAGCUGCAUCCAAGCCUUCCAUCACCAAGUGCAAUGCAAAGUGUCAGAUGCCGUGGUGUAAAGCACGCCACCACUGGACUCUAGAGCAGAGGAGGCGUGUUCUCUGGAGC